AAACCCCUAUUUUGGUCCCUGAACUAUUGUACGGACCCCCGAUUUGGUCCCUGAACUAAAGAAAUCCCUAAUUUGGUCCUUGAACUAUUGUACGGACCCCUGAGUUGAUCCCUAAACUAUUGUACGGACUCCCAAGUUAGUCCCUAAACUAUUGGAUCAAAUCGAGGGUCCGUACAAUAGUUCAGGGACCAAAAUGGGGAUUUAACCAAAAUUUAAUUUCUGCACCGUUACUUGCUUUACCUGAUUUUACUAAAACUUUUGAAAUUGAAUGUGAUGCAUUAUGUAUUGGUAUUGGUGCUGUUUUGAUGCAAGAACAACGACCUAUUCCGUUUUUCAGUGAAAAAUUGACUGGUGUAACACUUAACUAUCCUACUUAUGACAAGGAGAUGUAUGCAUUGGUAAGAGCUUUAGAGACAUGGCUGCAUUAUCUUUGGCCUAAGGAGUUCGUGAUACAUACUGAUCAUGAGUCGUUGAAGCACCUGAAAGGACAAGGUAAGUUGAAUAGACGACAUGCUAAGUGGGUGGAAUUCCUUGAGACGUUUCCCUAUGUGAUCAAGUAUAAGCAAGGAAAGGAAAACAUUGUGGCUGAUGCAUUAUCUUGUAGGUUCUUGAAGAUGGCACACUUCAUUCCAUGUCAUAAAACUGACGAUGCAACCAAUAUUGCGGAUCUAUUCGUCAAGGACGUUGUUCGUUUACUUGGCAUUCCAAGGACUGUCGUUUCUGAUCGCGAUGUCAAGUUCUUGAGUUACUUUUGGAAGACAUUGUGGGGAAAGCUAGGAACUAAGCUACUGUUUUCGACUACCUGUCAUUCACAAACUGAUAGACAAACAGAAGUGGUUAAUAGGACAUUGUCAACCUUAUUGCGUUCUAUUAUUCAGAAGAACUUGAAGAAUUGGGAAGAGUAUUUAUUGCCUUUACCUAUUGAUGAACAAGCUAGUUUGGAUGGGAAAAAGAAAGCUGAAGUGGUUAAGCAGCUCCAUGAAAGUGUGCGACAAAACAUAGAGCAACGAACUGAGCAGUAUGCAAAACAAGCCAACAAAGGAUGCAAGAAAGUUGUAUUUGAACCUGGAGAUAGGGUUUGGGUGCAUAUGCGCAAGGAGCGAUUCCCUGCACAAAGGUGUUCUAAGCUGCAACCAAGAGGCGAUGGACCAUUUCAAGUGAUUGUGAGGAUUAAUGACAACGCAUACAAGUUGGAGCUUCCUAGUGAGUAUAAUGUUAGUGCUACUUUUAAUGUUUCUAAUCUUUCUCCUUUUGAUGUAGGUGACGAUUUGAGGACAAAUCCUUUUGAGGAGAGAAGGAAUGAUGGGAAUCAAGACGACAGCAUAUCUACUACGUCAUGUGGUCCAUUACAUGGAAUGAAGUGUGCCAUCUUCGAGAACCUGUCAACAACAACAAAAAUAGAAUCGUGGCCUUUUUUCGACCUUGGUAAGCCCAAAUCAAAAUCCAUAGAUAUAUCAACCCAAGGUUUAGGUAUGGAUGGGUAAGGGAGUAUACAAACCUUGUGGUAAAACUAUAGAUUUUGCUUGUUUCCAUGUUAUACACCUUUCACACAUCCUUUCAACGUCGCAUGUCAUAUGUGGCCAAAAGAAGUGAUCGUUCAGAAUAUCUAAAGUUUUCCUAACUCCAAAAUGUCCCAUUAAGCCACCCGCAUCUGAUUCCCUUAUUAACAAUUCUCUUAAUGAACAGUUAGGCACACA